UGCCUGUGCUCCCAGCUCCUGCCGUGGCCCUUGUUCCGCAGCUCCCCGGGGGGCUUGGCUGCUGGAGCCUCGGGAAGCCAGCCCGAGCCGCGGGGUCCCGUCCGAGCAUCUCCCGGGCAGGGCAGCCCCUCACCCGGCUGCUGAGCGGAGCCAAGGGCGAGCUUUUAACGCAUCCCUUCGGGAAUGAGGAAACUGCAAGUGAAGAAGUUUAAUGUUUGCUUCAGCUGAAGAGAAUAUUUCCCAAGUCCUGGUGGGAAAAGGUGAAAAAGAGGACCAGAGGAUGUUGCUAUGAUAUGGAGAUGACAGGAAGCCAUGACUAGAAGGGGGAUUGUCAACAGGAAACAAAGCACCGCAGCCAAUGUGGCACUGCUGUACGGUACAGCUGCUGUGCUGCGCUGCCUGCUGGACUCUGAGGCCUGGGGAGCACUGUCAGUCCCCAAGAGAGAUCCUCCUGUCUGUUUAUCUGCUGGAGUCUGAAUUAUUCUGCACCUGGUUAAUCCACUUUGCUGGAGCCAGCAAACCCUGGGCUUUUUUUCUUGGCACCAUCUACUGUAAAGUCCUUGAACAGCUAUGGGGAGAAGAAUGUGUGUGUGAGCAGCCUUCCCAGGCUGGCAGCCGAGCCCUCCAUGGAGCCCAGGCAGCUUUGAGGGGUCCUGGCUGUUCAGUGCUCUGCAGAUAUGAACGCUGAGCUUUGGGCCUGGUUGUUCUCACCAUGCUAGUACAUGGGAAGGACGACUUCCUCUCAGACAUAGCCUACAUCAUCCUGGAGCUGAUCAUCGCCGUGCUGGCCAUCCUGGGCAACAUCCUGGUCUGCUGGGCCGUCUAUCUGAACAGCAACCUGCAGAACGUCACCAACUAUUUUGUGGUGUCCCUGGCCGCUGCUGACAUUGCCGUGGGGGUGCUGGCAAUCCCCUUUGCCAUCACCAUCAGCACUGGCUUCUGUGCCUUCUUCUAUGGCUGCCUUUUCAUUGCCUGCUUUGUCCUGGUCUUGACUCAGAGCUCCAUCUUCAGCCUCCUUGCUAUCGCCAUCGACAGAAUCAUUGCCAUCCGAAUACCCCUCAGGUACAAUGGCUUGGUGACCGGCUCUCGAGCCAAGGGCAUCAUUGCCAUCUGCUGGGUGUUGUCCUUCAUCAUCGGCCUGACCCCAAUGCUGGGGUGGCACAAGCAUGCCCAGAUCAAAGAGCUGGGUUCCAACUGGUCAUCUCCCAUCAACUGCAGCAACAGCAUGGUGGCUUGUCUCUUCGAGGCCGUGGUCACCAUGGAGUACAUGGUCUACUACAACUUCUUUGCCUGUGUGCUCCUGCCCCUCCUUCUCAUGUUUGGUAUCUACUUGAAAAUCUUCAUGGCAGCCCGGCGCCAGCUCAAGCAGAUGGAGAACAAGAUGGUACAUGGGGAACGUUCCCGCUCCACCUUGCAGAAGGAAGUCCAUGCAGCCAAGUCUUUAGCCAUCAUUGUCGGGCUGUUUGCAGUCUGCUGGCUUCCACUUCACAUCAUUAACUGCUUCACCCUUUUUUGCCCAGAAUGCGCCCAUGCUCCCCUCUGGCUGAUGUAUCUGGCCAUUAUCCUGUCUCACGCUAACUCGGUUGUAAACCCCCUAAUUUAUGCCUACCGCAUCAGGGAGUUCCGAUACACCUUCCGUAAAAUCAUCAGCCAGCACAUCCUGGGCCGGAAGGAGCCGUUCAAGGCGGGAGCAGCCAGCUCCAGGACUUCCACCCACGGUGGGGACACGGAGAACGCCAGCAUACGGAUCAGUGAGUAUGCACUAGAGGUAUACACCAACGGAGAGAUCCACAGGGAUCCUGAAAAGCAGGACUUAAACAAAUGCAAAGCUGCCUUGGAAUGGCACCAGAAUGGAAACACUCUGGACUUGGAGACAAAUGGGCAUCUCCCACAUUCCUGCAAAAAUGGGAUUCUCUCAGAUGCAAGCCUGAACAGGGAGCUUCACAGUGAAGAGCUAAUUGAUGCCCAGGUGUCUUAUUCAGAUCUGGAAAGAGCAGCCUUUGCUGCAGCUGAUGUUUCCUGAUAAGACUUUCGAAGUUUUCCUGGUAGAAUUUUUUUUUUUCCAUUGGUGACCUCUGCCAUGGCAGAAAGGGAGGUUGGGGGGCGGGGGGAGAGCAGUGUAUUCAGAUCGCUGUGGAGAAAGGGGUCCAUAUCCAGGACUAUUGGAUGAUCCUAAAUACCAGACUGGAGAAAAGCCAAGAGACCACAGAAGUGGACUAAGGAAGGAGGGACACGUUACCAUCAAUGACCUGUCACCUAGAGCAGUGCCAAGGUCGAGGAUGGCAUUCCAAGUUCAGCACUGGGAGACUGCUGAUGCAGGGAUUUCGGGACAUUUUGCUGUACUGUGCCUGUGGUUGAGUGUUGGUUUCACUGUCUUUACCAAUGGAAAUAGAAGUGUGGCUGGAAGUAUUCCCUGAAUAACAAAGAGCAACUGGGAAGGGCCUCUGAGUACUGUGGCCCUGCAACAAGCAGAAGGGGGGAUAGCAAAAUCUAUUGUCAGGAAGGAUGCCAGAAGCUGCUUGGAGAGGGAAGGAAUUUACCUGACGGGAAAUCUGGACACUUUCAACCAUGGCACUUUGUCUUUCAGUUUGUGUUCUUAAAGCUUAUACUGCAACAGGUUGCUCAAAUGGUUUUUUUCCACGUGAUAAGGUUGCUUUAUGUUAACUUAUAAAAGAUGGGCAAGAGCUCAUAUCUGUUCCCUGAGUGCUCAGUGUUCCAGAUGCACAUGGCAAAUGUAACCUCUCAGCACUCCACUUUGUCCAACAAAUCACCAAAGCUGAGCCUUGCCAAGGAUUUCCCUCGGCAAAAGGGCUGUUAGCAGGACGUGGUGCUGCGAGCCAGGGCUGUGGGCUGUGUCCUCAGGGCAGGGCUGUGAAGGGCUGUGUGUGUGGGCUCUUUGGAGGCUGGUGGCACCUUCUGCUGUCCCGCUGCCUCUGUGCUUCUCCCCCUGAGUUCCUAGAAUGCAAAUUCUUUCCAUGGCCCCAGAUGUGUGUGAGGGGAGGUAAUAUUCCAUAUUUCAGUCAUCUUCAUCCUCACUCAACAGGCUGAGGGACUUUUUUUUACUUCUUUCUUGGGAUAGAGAGCAGUCCACACACACACCCUGACCUAAUUUUAGAAUUCCAAUGAGCUCUAUUUAAAAACCCUUUUCUCCUGUGAUUUCAGUUUUUUCCUGUGAAGCCUGAUGUGUCACUGUGGUGCAGAGGCCAACAGAGGCAGCUCUGGGCUCUGUCUGGUUAGAAGAUGCUCCUGCUCUGAGAAGGUGUCAAUGAUAUUGGAACUCAGCUUAGAAACUGCAGUUUCUACUUUCUGUAGAAGAGAAAAGGCAAAUUUGUGCUGCAGCAAGAGUGUACACAUUGCUGUGGUUUGUUGCAAGAGGUGUUUCACUGCAGUUUGGUAAUUUUCUGGAAGAAAAAUUAAGGAAGUCCGGCAGCUCAAGGACAGCAGAAAACCACAUCAGCUUGAAUUCUACCUGAAGAUUGUCUGGGUUGUGCUUUUCAGACAAAUAAUCCAUGUCCAGUGCUACCAGCCUUCUGGAGAGACAGGCAGUGGUGGUCCUACUGGGAAGUGAAAAGUUUGGUAAUUCCAGGAAUCUGAAGCUUAUUCCCUAGCUGAAAACAUCAGAAAUAUCCUCCCUCAAUCUGGUUCCUCCUUGUGUCUGUCCACUAACAUUUCAGAAGCCAAGGGGGCUUUUCAUACUUGAGGAAGAGCAGGUUAGGUCUGUGUGUUCUUAUUCCAUGUUUAUUUUAUAUAUUAUGAACUAUUAAAGUGAAAAUCAGUUUUAUUUUGAGGAGAAUUCUCUUUUUGCCAGUUUCCCUACACGCAUGUGGGGAGAAGUUUGUGAUGCUGAAUGUGUUUGAGUAUGUAGCUGCUCCGGGCUAGCACAAAGCUUGCUGUGAGAUGGAUAAAAAGAUGUGGCUGCCCCCACAGUCCUUAGCAGAAAGACAGGCCAGUUUGUAAAACAAUAGACUUCGUGGUUUAGUUGAACUGCUGCUUUCUUGGCAGGGCUCUUCCCCAUGGUCUGAUGUCAGAGGAGAGGAUUAUCACUCCAGCAGCAUGAAGGAACUCUGAGCCAUUUCCCUGUGACUGAUGUCAUAGGUAGCUCCUCUGUAGGGUGACUUGGGAUCUCAUUACUCUUGAUCAUUCUUGAUGGAAUAUUUCUGUAGCUUAUUUGUGUGAUGGCUUCUCUGACCUCCUGUAACAGCAGCAGAAGAACUCAGGAAAAUGGGGGGCCGUUCUCUUCAGGCCUCAGCUGGGAGCUGAAAUGUUUCUAAGAAUAACACAAGAUUACAUCCGGCACUCAUGUCAAUAACAAUUAGGUCCACAAAGACCCAGAGCAGGGAAGGAAGUGUGGGAAAAUACCAGCAUUGCUCAUGUGCUGGAGCACACACGAGUGCAGAAGUGUUGCCUGUUGAGCUUUAGCUGCCAUUGGUAAAGGGAUGGUUUCCACUGCGUGGGAUCAGACUUUCAACAGUUGGUGUGCAUUGGAUUUCUGUAUUUCCUGAGCAUCUCCACACCUACUUAUGGCAGUUUCUUGCUUGAUUGCCCCAAUAAUCAGGUUGAUCUAUGUUGAUGGACAAACUUAGGAUUGCUUUGCUUUCGAGAUUGUUCUGGAAAACUUUCCUGCCCAACCAGAUCACUAUGUGAGCUUAGUGACUUUCCACAUGUCUUGAAUUUAGCUUUUGUGCUGCUGCUUGAGCUGCCCCCAAGUGUAUCCAGUCCUUUUCAAUAUUAGUGAUCAAGACUUGAAGUGAAAAGGGUGUGUGAAGAGGGUGGGCUGUGUGCAGGGGACAGGGCAGGGUAUGGAGAGCGUGGUUUGUGGAGCUGUCUGCAGUCACAGCAAGGAAGGGAUGGCAGCUGCACCACAGGCUAGGCCUGCUGGCAAACACAUGGUGACUGAGAUCGACCCUCAGAGGAUGUCUCUGAAGCAGUUGUUGGGGAGAGCAGGAGCCUUUUGAUCAGAAUUUUGGACUUCAUAUUUCUUGUUUCCUAGGGAUCAUAAUUUCAGGACUUCCUGCUUUUUGAUUUGCUCUUUAAAAAAAAAAAUAAUAGGUUCCAUCAAUGA